CCACAUCCUUUGACUUCAGGACAUAAAGACGAGUGUGAGCACUGAGGGGGGGCUUCAGUGCAUCUCACCAUCACAUCAGAGAGGGAGAAAAGAAGACAUGUCCUGCCUGGGGGCUUUCACCGGUCUCUUCUCCUGCAUGGUCCUCCUCAUUGUCCACUCAUGUGAUGGUUCUGAGAUUAUCAAUGGGAAAGAAGUGAAGCCCCACUCGCUGCCUUAUAUGGCUCUGCUUGAGUCAACUGAACCAGACUGUGGAGGGAUACUGAUCGAUAAAUCAUGGGUCCUGACUGCUGCCCACUGUAAAAACAUUGAGACCGUGUGGCUGGGGGUGCACUCCAUCAAGGCAAAUGAAAACAAUUCCAGGCAGGUCAGAAAGGUUCAGAAGCGUGUUCCACAUCCUGGCUAUAAUUCAGAUACAAAGGUCAAUGACAUCAUGUUGCUCAAGCUUAACAAAUCUGUGAAGGAAACCAAGACGGUGAAGUGUCUAAAGUUGGGUGAUGCAAUCAAGGAACCAGCAGCUGGGACCAGCUGCAUGGUGGCAGGAUGGGGCACUACACACGAGGAUUAUAAGGAAAUGUCCGACGUCUUGAUGUCUGUCAAUGUGAUUGUGGUCAACAGAGUGAAGUGCAACUCUCCUGCAUAUUACAACAGAGAUCCUGUGAUCACCAGCAGCAUGAUAUGUGCCGGUUCAGACAGGAAAAAUGAAGCUGACUCCUGUGGGGGGGAUUCAGGAGGCCCACUGAUGUGCAGCGGAGGGCUGGUUGGAGUCACUUCUUUCGGAAGAGGGUGUGGCCGGAUUCACAAGCCAGGAGUGUACUCGUUUCUCACAGAGGAAAAACUAAAAUGGAUCAAGAAGACAAUGAAGAAGUCUGACAUUUAAUGAGCACCCGCUGUGAUACGAGGGAGAUUUCUGCUUCUGCUGCUAUAAAACAAGCCAAGUUGAUUCUAUUAUGAAAUCUAAACUGGAGAGACACAUGUUUAUCAUGACAGCAAAUCGCCAAAGGGACAUUAUUGAGUCCUUCAACCAGACAGAUUCAUCACUUCCUGCAUCAAGAGCCUAAUUUGAAAGUGAGGCUUCAGCUCAAGUCUUGUGGGAAAAAAGUGUUGUAAUAAAGAUAAAUUCUGGGCCAACAUCAACAUUUCUGUCGUCAUAGAGGCAGAGGCCGAAAUAAAGAGGGCACAUGGUCUGUCUCUCUUUCUCUCUCAGCUUUUCUUUCUCUCAGCUGACUCUUUUACCUUUCGUUCUCCCUCCCAGCGCCGUGUUUUCUCUGGUUUCAGGGUCCUAAGAUCAGUGUUCAAAUAAAAACAAAUCAUUUUA